CAGGAGCAGGAGCAGGAGGCGCGCGGGCAGGUUCCCGGGGAAGCUGGAGGGAGCCGGGCGCUGUCGAGAGGCUGCCCGGGCUGCGAGCGCGGGGGGAAGUGCGCGCUAUGCCUUUAACGCCCGGGCACAGGAGACAUGUCUAGCGUGUAGGCUAGGGAAACUCUAGGCGGGGUUAAAGUUCAGCUCAUGGAGCUGAUCAGCGCUGCUGGCUGCAGUUGAGCAGAGUUGGAAAUGUGAAAGCAAGAAGCAGGCUCGGCUCUUCCCCCCUCUUUCUUUCUCUCUCUCUCUUCUCUCUCUCUCCCUCCCUCCCUCUCUCCCUCCCUCCCUUUCUCUCUCUCUCUCUCUCUCCCUCUCACUCACACACCUCCAAGCCACAAACCCCCCCGCAGCAACCAUGUAUUCUCCUCUCUGUCUUACCCAGGAUGAAUUCCAUCCCUUCAUUGAAGCACUUCUUCCCCACGUCCGAGCAUUUGCAUACACAUGGUUCAACCUACAAGCUCGAAAGCGAAAAUACUUUAAAAAACAUGAGAAACGCAUGUCAAAAGAAGAAGAAAGAGCUGUGAAGGAUGAAUUGCUAAGUGAAAAACCUGAGGUCAAACAAAAAUGGGCGUCCAGACUUCUGGCAAAACUACGGAAAGACAUCAGGCCUGAGUAUCGGGAGGAUUUUGUUCUAACUGUCACGGGGAAAAAACCUCCAUGUUGCGUUCUUUCCAAUCCAGACCAGAAGGGCAAGAUGAGAAGAAUUGACUGCUUACGCCAGGCAGAUAAGGUCUGGAGGUUGGACCUUGUUAUGGUGAUUUUAUUUAAAGGUAUUCCGCUUGAAAGUACUGAUGGCGAACGCCUUGUAAAGUCCCCACAGUGCUCAAAUCCAGGGCUGUGCGUACAGCCGCAUCAUAUAGGGGUUUCUGUUAAGGAACUCGAUUUAUAUUUGGCAUACUUUGUGCACGCAGCAGAUUCAAGUCAGUCUGAAAGUCCAAGCCAGCCAAGUGAAGCUGAUAUCAAGGACCAGCCAGAAAAUGGACAUUUGGGCUUCCAAGACAGUUUUGUCACAUCAGGCGUUUUCAGUGUGACUGAGCUAGUAAGGGUCUCACAAACACCGAUAGCUGCCGGAACAGGGCCUAAUUUCUCACUCUCAGAUUUGGAAAGUUCCUCAUACUAUAGCAUGAGUCCAGGAGCAAUGAGGAGAUCCCUACCAAGCACUUCCUCUACCAGCUCUACAAAGCGCCUCAAAUCUGUAGAGGAUGAAAUGGACAGUCCUGGUGAAGAGCCAUUUUAUACAAGCCAAGGGCGGUCUCCAGGAAGUGGCAGCCAGUCAAGUGGAUGGCAUGAAGUGGAGCCAGGAAUGCCAUCGCCAACUCCAUUAAAGAAGUCAGAGAAGUCUGGUUUCAGCAGUCCCUCGCCUUCGCAGACCUCCUCCCUUGGAACGGCAUUCACACAGCAUCAUCGACCUGUCAUUACAGGACCCAGAGCAAGUCCACAUGCAACACCAUCGACUCUUCAUUUUCCAACAUCACCCAUUAUUCAGCAGCCUGGGCCAUACUUCUCACACCCAGCAAUCCGCUAUCAUCCUCAGGAGACUCUGAAAGAGUUUGUCCAACUUGUCUGUCCCGACGCUGGUCAGCAGGCUGGACAGGUGGGGUUCCUAAAUGAAGACUUUCACCUGCCGUGGUCCCAAAGAUUCAGCUUCAUGCUUUCUGACUUCAGCACUUCCAAGCCCAAUGGUAGCAGUCAAGGCAAGGUGCACAAUCCAUUCCUUCCUACCCCAAUGUUGCCGCCGCCACCUCCACCACCAAUGGCCAGGCCUGUGCCUCUGCCAGUGCCAGACACAAAGCCUCCAACCACGUCGACAGAAGGAGGUGCCGCCUCUCCCACUUCACCAACCUACUCGACACCCAGCACCUCCCCUGCAAACCGAUUCGUCACUGUUGGACCACGGGAUCCAAGCUUUGUAAAUAUCCCUCAACAGACACAGUCCUGGUACCUGGGAUAAAACUCACAGCUUCCCACCACCCACCAGACAGACCACCUGACCCCUUCCCAACUCUGUAACAUGGAAGCAGCAGCAACACAGUGCAGUUCGCAUCCAUGGAAGGGGAGAUGAACAGAUAUUGACAGCAAGCAACUGCUCGCAUUCAGAAACGGCAAAAGUUAUGGUUGAUUGACAAGGGCCGUAACAUUGUUUGGGGGGGGCGGGAGAAGGGGAUUUUUUUAAACAAAAGAACACCUUAGUGACCGAUGUAAUUUCUCAUAUGGUGCUGGAAAUGUUUGGGCUUCAUAAUUUUUGAAGUGUUUCAACUGGUAGUGUAAGCAUUAGGGACACUGGGUAGUAGAGCUAGCCUGCUGGCUGCUUACUGACUUGCUGUUAUAACACUUUCCACAUGGCGCCUAGCUGUUUUACAGUAUUUUCACUGAUUAAUUUCCCAUAUAGGUGUGGGACUUCUUGAGAGAUCAUGAGGAACACACAUACAUGAUAACUUUUGUAGUAGCUGAAUUCUGCAAUAUAGAACUUACAGGACAGACAUGGGGCAUGUUUUUUCUGUAACAUAUCAGGUGUUUUGUUUUGUUUUUAAUUUUACAGUCGGCAGUUAGAUAAGUGACAUGAAUCAUAAGAGCAUUAUCAACAGGUUGAUUUCCACUCAAGUUGCAGAGAAAUAUAAAAUAUCAACCUACUGCUGUUCACAUGAAAAA